AAUUCCAAACUAUUAAUUAGUCCUCCGCCUCACCACCACAACUUCAAGCAUUUUCUCUCUCAAACCAUUGAUACCCAUUAAACCUGUCCACGUACCUGCUCUUCAAUUAGCAAGGUCAUUCACUCUACACCUCCAAAACUAUCAUAAAUAAUCCACAAAUAUGGUUGCCGAGACCUUCGAGUUCCAGGCUGAGAUCUCCCAGCUUUUGGGCCUCAUUAUCAACACCGUCUACUCUAACAAGGAGAUCUUCUUGAGAGAGCUUAUCUCUAACGGCUCCGAUGCCUUGGACAAGAUCAGAUAUGAGUCGCUCGCAGACCCAAGCAAGCUUGACAGCGGCAAGGACCUGAGAAUCGAUAUCAUCCCCGACAAGGUCAACAAGACCCUUACCAUCCGAGAUACCGGUAUUGGUAUGACCAAGGCUGAUCUCGUCAACAACCUGGGUACGAUCGCCCGUUCGGGAACCAAGCAGUUCAUGGAGGCUCUGACCGCCGGUGCUGAUGUUUCCAUGAUUGGUCAAUUCGGUGUUGGUUUCUACUCUGCAUACCUCGUUGCAGACCGUGUUACCGUCGUCUCGAAGAACAACGACGAUGAGCAGUACAUCUGGGAGUCUGCCGCUGGUGGAACUUUCACCCUUACCCAAGAUACCGAAGGCGAGCCACUCGGCCGCGGUACCAAGAUCAUCCUCCACCUUAAGGAUGAGCAGACCGACUACCUUAACGAGGCCAAGGUCAAGGAGGUUGUCAAGAAGCACUCCGAGUUCAUUUCUUACCCAAUCUACCUUCACGUCGAGAAGGAGACUGAGACCGAGGUCCCAGAUGAGGAGGCUGAGGAGUCCAAGGAGGAGGAGGGAGAUGACAAGAAGCCAAAGAUCGAGGAGGUAGAUGAUGAGGAGGAUGAGAAGAAGGAGAAGAAGACCAAGAAGGUCAAGGAGACCAAGAUCGAGGAGGAGGAGCUCAACAAGCAAAAGCCAAUCUGGACCCGCAACCCAUCAGACAUCACCCCUGAGGAGUACGGUGCGUUCUACAAGUCCCUCUCCAACGACUGGGAGGACCACCUUGCUGUUAAGCACUUCUCCGUUGAGGGUCAACUUGAGUUCAAGGCCAUCCUCUUCGUUCCCAAGAGGGCCCCAUUCGACCUCUUCGAGACCAAGAAGACCAAGAACAACAUCAAGUUGUACGUUCGCCGCGUCUUCAUCACUGAUGAUGCCACCGAUCUUAUCCCAGAGUGGUUGAGCUUCGUCAAGGGUGUUGUUGACUCUGAGGAUCUCCCCCUCAACCUGUCCCGUGAGACUCUCCAGCAGAACAAGAUCAUGAAGGUCAUCAAGAAGAACAUCGUCAAGAAGACCCUUGAGCUGUUCCAGGAGAUCGCUGAGGACAAGGAGCAGUUCGACAAGUUCUACUCUGCUUUCGGCAAGAACAUCAAGCUUGGUGUUCACGAGGAUGCCCAGAACCGUGGCGCCCUUGCCAAGCUCCUCCGUUACAACAGCACCAAGACUGGUGAUGAUGACCAGACCUCGUUCGCUGACUACAUCACCCGCAUGGGCGAGCACCAGAAGAACAUCUACUACAUCACUGGUGAGAGCUUGAAGGCUGUCCAGAAGUCCCCCUUCUUGGACUCCCUUAAGGCCAAGAACUUCGAGGUUCUCUUCCUCGUCGACCCAAUUGACGAGUACGCCAUGACUCAGCUCAAGGAGUUCGACGGCAAGAAGCUUGUUGAUAUUACCAAGGACUUCGAGCUUGAGGAGACCGAUGAGGAGAAGGCCGAGCGCGAGACCGAGGAGAAGGAGUACGAGAGCACCGCCAAGGCCCUGAAGAACAUCCUCGGCGACAAGGUCGAGAAGGUUGUUGUCAGCCACAAGCUGGUUGGCGCUCCUUGCGCCAUCCGCACUGGCCAGUUCGGUUGGUCCGCCAACAUGGAGCGUAUCAUGAAGGCCCAGGCUCUCCGUGACACCUCCAUGAGCUCUUACAUGUCUUCCAAGAAGACCUUCGAGAUCUCCCCCAAGUCCCCAAUUAUUAAGGAGUUGAGGAAGAAGAUCGAGGCUGACGGCGAGAACGACCGCACCGUCAAGUCCAUCACCCAGCUUCUGUUCGAGACCUCCCUUCUCGUCUCCGGCUUCACCAUUGAGGAGCCAGCUGGAUUCGCCGACCGCAUCCACAAGCUUGUCUCCCUCGGCCUCCAGGUCGAUGAGGAGCCAGAGGUUGAGGGUGAGGCCGCCACCGAGGCUGGUGCCACCGACGCCCCCGUCGAGAGCGCCAUGGAGGAGGUCGACUAGAUAUGUGUACAACAUCUAAAGGAUUUGCGGAGUUGACGGCUGGUUUUACGCGAUAGUCACUUCAUACAUCGACUCUUUACUUUUCGUGUUACGCAUCUCACGACAGUCUCCGAGGGUUAAUAAACGUGGUGCUUUGCUUCUUUGGCGUGUUCUAAACGGGACAGGCUGGCAGAUAAAAGCGCAAAAUAAAUGAAAGACGG